AUGUCCUCUGACGAUAUCGCCGUGAAUCCAAGCUCACUCUUCCUAGGACGACCAGCGCUUGGUGUAUGCUGGGCACUUGCCACCAUCACCUUGAUUAUUACAAUCGCAAGACUUUACACUCAGGCAAGAAUCACCCAUCAGCUUGGACUGAGUGAUGCACUACUAGUACUAUCAACAUUUCACUAUGGCUGGGGCCGCCAUCAAAUCACUCUCUCAGGAUACGAUCAAAUGAUGGCACUUAAAUACAACUCCAUAGGCCAAUCUUGUGGUGUCAUGGGAUCUACAUGUGGUCGUCUUAGCACUAUAGUGCUCAUGAUGAAUCUGUUCGCCAUUAAUCCGAAGGUGCGGCGUCUCAUGUGGGGUAUUUUUGCGGCUCAGAUCAUUACGAAUGGUGUUACCGUUAUAUGCUUGUAUGCACAAUGUACCAACGUGGUCUUACUCUGGGAUAAGACCGGUAAUGUGCCCGGGACAUGCUGGAAUGGAGAUGUGCAGACUGUAAGGAGAAUCAAGGCCUUGCCUUAA